AUGUCUACAUACGAGAGAUACGUCCUCGACCGCCCAACAGGCCCUCUACCACUCGUAUUCGUAAACGUCCCCAUUCCAAGACCUCCUGCACCACCACCGGAAACCCCACCCGCGCGCCGUCUUCGACUUGCUCCUCCCAUGCUCAGUCCUUCGCUCUCUGCCUCUGCAUCGGCCACUGGAUCUCCUGAGCCUUCACGCUUCUCUCUGACCCCCUCUCGCCUCCGUGCACGUGCCCCCAUGCAAGAGAGCAGCAGGCUGCACGUCGAACGUCCUGAUCAAGGUCCCUCUGUGUAUUCCACGCGUGGAUACAACCCUCCACGCGACGCGCCAGGCCCGUUCCACGUCUUCCCUCAGCCCCAUCAUCCAACUAUUUUCUCUCCAGAGGCCCAACCGGCGCGCUCCGUGCCCUCGCAACCCUUGAACGCUCGGACUCGGACUUCCGGCAAACCCUCCGACCCGUCCGCCUCGAUGUGGGUCGUCCCACCGCGCUCGCACCCCGCCGCCUCGAGGGACACAUGGCUGCGCGACGGACCGCGGUCCGGGCUGCCUUUCGACGCGCCUGACGACCCUUCUUCGAACCCCUCCGACCCUGCGAGCCUCAUGUGGAGGCAGCGUCCUGAGGACCGAACCGAGACUGGGCACCGGCCUGGACCGCGCAGCGCAGCUGGAUCCAGUCCGAGCAGCAGUGAAGGUAACGGUGGGCCCCCGGAGUCACCAUCACGUGGCGAGCCGUCGAUGUCAAGACAGCCGUCACCACCAGUUGUGGGUCUCUCGGGCCUGAGCCUGGAGUCACGGCCGUCAAGUUCAGCACCCCCAACGAGCAGCCACCAUGACGACGACCUCAGCAAUGGCGACAAAACUGAAAGGAACGUUCGGCUCGAGGAACCCCGUUUGGAUUCAUUCCGCGAGCGAUGGACUAGCCCGACGCCGAGUCUGAGUCUCAUGUCCACCGACGCCGAAAGCGAAGACGAGGACGACGCGGGUACAGUGGCAAUGAGGGCCGCGAACUCGAAGCAACCUUCGACCCUCCCCGAUGCCAUAGCGCUCGCAAGCGUAUCUCGGGGGCGCGCAGCCACAUGGAGAGUCGGGUCGCAUUGUCUCGACACUGGCACCGACGGCAAGCCCCACGAUGGCAAAAGUGGCGGAUCUGAACCAAGGACGGAAGGUGACUCUGCUCCAGUGUUUAUGGAGAUCAAUACCGGGGACACUCCAGACCCCGAGGAGGAGGUUGCCGUUGCGGCACUCAAAACGGUACCCAAGAAGCGCCAGCGAUCUCUCGAGCUCAAAAUCAGGCCACCUGUGGUCGACUCGGACGACUCGCCGCUCACCUCGCUUCCCGAGUCCUCUGGCAAGGGCGGUAUCGCUCGUCCUCCCAAGGCAUCGUCCAUUAGCAAGGCAUCAAAACCGCCUGUCCCCAAGAAGCGUGGUCUUCGCCAAAGAGCAAGUCGGAUACUCUCCCUCCCCCAGCUGCGAAAAGGGGUCCUGGUCGUCCGCGCAAGCAUCCGAAGCCAGUGCCUGUUGACCUGGAGAUGA